AGCCAGCGGACAGUGGGGGUAGGUGACCGAUGUUGAAGUCGCCGGUCCCGAGCUCUCAGAGCGGCGGCUCCACGGAGCAGUGACUAUAUAAAGGAGUAUACUCGAAGGGGUACUUGCUGAAGAUGGGACCUCGACGAAAAAUGAUCAAAACAUGUCCAAAUUUGAAUAAAAUAGGUGAAGUUGCAAAAGAAGAUGAGCCAAGGGAUUAUAUGAAUCAUUUCUCGCAUGAAGUGCUGUGUCAUAUAUUCAGGUAUCUUCCGCUACAGGAUAUCAUGUGUAUGGAAUGCUUGUCUCGGAAGUUGAAGGAGGCUGUAACUGUGUACAUGCGAGUAGUGAAGGUUGUUGAUCUUUGUGCUGGGUGUUGGUGGGAGUACAUGCCAUCAGGAUUCGUCGAUGCCAGUUUUUUAACAUUGUUGAAGAAAAUGCCUGAUUUAGAACAGCUGUAUGGGUUGCAUCCUCGACACUUAGAACGGCGGCGAGUAAGGGGACAUGAUGCAUUCAGCAUUCCUGGUGUACUUGAAGCUCUGCAGGCCUGUCCUAAUCUGUUAGGUGUAGAAACUUCUCAUUUAGAAUUAGUUGAAGCCAUCUGGAAUUACAUGCCACAGGUCCACAUCUUGGGAAAAUUUCGAAAUCGUAAUGGUGCUUUCCCAGUCCCUACAGAAAAUAAAUUAACAAUUCCAGUAGGAGUGAAGAUACAAACUCUUCAUCUAGUUGGAGUAAAUGUUCCAGAAAUUCCUUGUAUCCCAAUGUUGAGAAACCUGUAUUUGCAGUGGGUCCGACUAAUCAAACCUCAGCCUUUCAAAGACUUUCUCUGUGUCAGUUUACGUACAUUUGUUAUGAGGAAUUGUGCAGGUCCCACAAAUUCCUUAAAGUAUGUUCCAUUAGUGACUGGGUUAGCUUCAGCCAGAAAUUUAGAACAUUUAGAACUGGUUCGAGUACCUUUUCUUGGAGGAUUAAUUCAACAUGUUGUUGAGGACAGCUCAAGAUCAGGUGGCUUCAGAAAUCUGCAUACUAUUGUAUUUGGAGCAUGCAAAAAUGCACUUGAAGUGGACCUUGGCUACCUCAUUAUUACUGCUGCACGUAGGUUACACGAAGUUCGUAUUCAACCUUCACUAACCAAAGAUGGUGUUUUCUCAGCACUAAAAAUGGCAGAGCUAGAAUUUCCCCAGUUUGAAACUCUACAUCUUGGAUAUGUUGAUGAGUUUUUGUUGCAAUGUCAAAUGAACAAUGCUGAAUUAGUGAAACACGGUUUGGCAGAUGUGGUGGAAAAUCCGGGUAUCAUUACAGAUAUUGGGAUGAAAGCAGUAAAUGAAGUAUUUCCUUGCAUCAAAUAUUUACAUAUUUAUAACUGCCCACAUCUCCACAAUGCACACAACUGGAUAACAGACCACUCGAGGUGGAGUCGCCUAGUGGAUCUCACACUUGUUCGUUGUCAUGCCAUUAAAUUGGAAUCAUUUAGUCAAUUUGUAGAAAUGUUGCCAAGUUUGGAGUUUAUUUCAUUGGAUCAAAUGUUCCGGGAGCCUCCAAAGGGCUGUGCUCGUGUAGGGUUGAGUGCCGGCACAGGAAUUGGUGUUUCUUCUGCUCUUGUUAGUAAUCAGAACUCCAACAAUGAUAAUGAUAACCACCAAAAUAAUCACGCUAACAUCAAUAACAACAAUAAUGAGGAAAAUGAUGUCCAACAAGAGAGAGCAGCAGCUGAUCUCCCGAACCCAGUGAAUGAACAAGGACUUCAGGAAGCAGUCGAGGAAAGCAGGCCAGGUGGUGCUGACUGUAAUUAUCACCAAAAUAGUGAACAAUCUGUGACUUCCAUGGAUGUUGAUGAAGAGCAAGCAGGACCAAGUGGACUGCAGCCAACUGUCAAAGUAAAUCCAGUAAUUGUACAUGAUUCAGAUAGCGAAGAUGAUGAUGAAUAUAACAUGGAUGCUUCUGGGAAUUGGAAUGGACACAAUGGUGAUAAUUUUUCAGACGAGGGGACAAAAAGUACACAUGUACUUUGUGAAGGAACUGGCAUUUGUGGUAAAGGCAAGGCCCCAUUACGGAAAAAAAGCCCAGUUAAUCAGUCCGGUUUGCCAAGACCAUCCGUAGUGGAUGAAAGCAGUUGUGAGAAAAGCUGUCAAGUGACCAGUGAGCAAAUAAAAGCUGAUAUGAAAGCAGCCAGUGAUAUCCCAGAGCAGAAUAGAGACAAAGAUGUUUCUUCUACAACUGGAAUUUGUUCAAGUCCAUCAGGAGCCGCCAACUCAAACAUUGUUGCAUCUUCUCAGAGUAUGGAAUCUAAGGGGACAGACACCAUGAAUGGAGGCUGUGGACAUUAUAAUGCAACAUAUUCAUCACAGUUUGAUAGUGGAAUUCAUACCCAUUCAUGUUCAACGCAUAGUAUUGGGGAUUCGGCUAAUAGCAAGGAGCAAAACUCAAAUAACGGCUCAGUUCCUACUUCCUGCAUGUGCAACACAACUCAGGUAAAUGAAAGGAGGACGUGUGGAUGCUCAGAGCCUGAAGAACCUUCUACAAGCAAGGCUUUUUCUGAGAACUGUGAUAUAAAAGGACACUGUAAAACAGAUUCAAUGGUAACAGAACCUUCACAGAGGGAAUCUUCCAUUUGCACCCAAGAGCAACAGAAUGUUGAUAAUGGGAGGACUAAUGGUGAGUGUGGUGUUACCAGAGACACAGAGAAUGUGAAUCAUCAUCCUAUGUACUCCAAAGGGGGCCAGCAUGAAGGCUAUCCACGAAGACCUGUUACAAGAUCAAGUAGCAAAUUUGGCCAGAUUCCAUUGAUCACAGAGCCAGAUGUUUCUAAACCUAAGCCCAGGCAAACUGUCAAACGGAAACGUACUGCAGAUAAAUCCACAAGCACCAGUGAUCCUGUCAUUGAGGAUGAUCAUGUCCAGGUUCUUAAUCUCAAAUCCAAAAAUUUAGUUGGGAUUACUCUUACAAAUUGCGGAAUUACAGAUUUACUGCUCAGAGAUUGUCCUAAAAUGAUGUUUAUCCAUGCUACACGUUGCAGGGUACUGAAACAUUUAAAAGUGGAGAAUGCACCAAUUGUAAACAGAUUUGACUACGUGCAGUGUCGGAAGCUCAACAUUGAACAAGUUCUUGACCAGAUUUUACGAAUGCCCCCAGAAAGAAACCGAAUCAUUUAUCUCCGACCAAUGCAACAGAUUGAUACUUUGAAACUGGAACAGAGCAUAUUUAGUGGACCAUAUCCUUAUCAUAUUUGUAUUAUUCAUGAGUUUAGUAACCCACCAAAUGUGCGAAAUAAGGUUCGCAUUCGGAGUUGGAUGGACACUAUUGCGAAUAUUAAUCAGGAAUUGAUCAAGUAUGAGUUCUUUCCAGAAGCUACUCGGACUGAUGAUGAUGUGAAGAAAUAUCCAAAGUACCCAUGGGGGAGGGAUAUCUACACAUCAGAGGGAACAGUAGAUGGAGCUCCGUACUUCAUGAUCACUGAUUUCCCGUGGCUUCGUUCACUGCGUACUGCAGAACCAAACAGCUAUGCAAGAUAUGACUUUGAAGAUGAUGAGCGAACUACAAUCUAUGCUCCUCGGAGAAAAGGACAACUGUCAGCUGACAUUUGUAUGGAAACAAUUGGUGAGGUGAUCUCUGAACGACGGCAGAUGAGAAGUGGUGUAUUUCCACGAGUUGUAGCUAUUUUCAUACAUUACUGUGAUGUCAGUGGAGAGCCUGUUCAUGAUGACUAUAUCUGACUAUGCCUUCCUUGCAUAUGACUGUUCAAAGGCCAGAGACUACAGCCUGCAAGAUUUGAAUUAUCAGCACUGUGUAGCUGCAAUAUAUCCCAAAUACUUUUGGAAGAAAUUAUAUAAUUAUGUAUAAAGGAAUUUGUGUACAAAUGAUUUCUGUAUAGAGAUGUUCUGAAAAUAAUUAACUUCCUGAAGCAGUAUCAUUUCAUAUGUCUAUACAGUUUAAUUCAGUUAAUGUUAUUGAUAGGGAAUUUAAAAAGAGGCUAUUUAUAUCCCCAAGUUAUACAAUUAAUAAGAUGAACAUUUUUGAUAUUUUGUUACAAAACAGGUGCAAAUGUUAAAAAAAAUACGAAGGCCACAUUCUUUGGCAUAUUUCAUAGCCCAGUAAAGAAGUGACUUAACUCAAUGAAUUUUCUUUGGUACUAUGUGCCUUUUCCCCUUAAAUUACACUUUUGAAUGUGUUAUUGAAGAAAAGAGGAAAAACAAGAACUUUGUGUGGAUUUCCUUUAUACUAUAUAUAAUAUAUAUACAUACAGUAUAUAUCAAAUUUGAACAUUAUAUUCAUGCCUUGUUUUGAGGCAUUUACCCUUGUUGGGAAUAGUCUAAUAACUAAAAGUAGCUUUUUAUUAUACAAUGACAUGCAUUUUGUUAUGCACUGCUUCCAAGGAAUAAGUGGCAGGGAAAUUCUAUUAUAAUAAAAUAUUUAAAUAUAAGAAGAAUUUUCUGAUUAAAAAUUUCUUUAGGUUUUUUUCUCUUCCAAAUGUUCAGAAUUUCUGGUUUAUAAUUAACUAAAUGCUUUAUUUUGUUUCCUGAUAGAUGAAAGUGUUGCUUUCAGUUAUUUUAAUUAUAUCUAUAGAAGCACCUUAACUGACAUUUUGUGUUUGGUGAAAGGCAUUUUAACAUCUUUUCCUUGUACUUUUCAGCCUGUUGAUUCACAAUACCAGACUAAGAAUUUAACUAAGAAUGAGCACUUGAACUGCAAACUCAGUCAGUUUUGAAUUAGCCUGUAGUUAUCAUAGUUGUGAAGGAAACCUGACUUAAUCAUAUUACCCAGUGCUGAUGUUAUCAGCUGCCAACCAAUAGACAACUCCUUAGGAGAACAUCACACUCAACUUGAGUAAUUGCACUAGUACUACUAUAACAUGACUAAUACAGUGGGGAAAAAAAAUCAUUCUAAGCACAGAUUAGAAACAAACAUUUUCUAUCCACAAUCUAUUUUGUAGCUGAUAUCUCAUUGCCAGUUGUACUUUGUACCCAACGUGCUAAACCUCGUAUUUCUACAGAAAUUUGUGUAAAUGUUUGGUGGUUUCAGUGCAAUAGUAGUUUACUAUUAGAAUAGCUGUAACAUGUUUCACAGUUUUAAUAUGAUUGGGGAAUAAUUGGUAGUAGACUAUAAGGCCUUAUCCAGUAUGCCUUCUUCCCAUCUGCAUACACUUGCACUUGUGAUCUGCAAUCUAACCAUUAAAAUUUUCAUAUUCAAUGGCCUUGCCCUUUGUUAUCUAUGUAAUCUUAUCCUGACCUCUAUACAAACCACCCUUGCAUUUCCAAGAUCAUCCCUUUCAGGCUUAUUAUAUCCUUGACUUUAAUUUCCCUUUGCUGGGAGCUGUGUCUUGGGACCCUAAGUGCUGACGUUUUUUCACAAUGUAUCUACUUCUAUCAAGAUGUUUUUUAAAACUAUCUCCAGCCAAGCUUUUGACAACCUGACCUGAUAAACCUUUAUUUGACUGCAUCAAAUGCUUGUUAAUCGUGGUUCAGUGAAGUGCCUUGAAAAUUAUGAUUACAUUACAGGCCAAGUUGUAGUACAGCUGUAACUGUUCACUAAUCCAUAUUUUUUUCCCCCUUCUGGCCAUUAGUUUUCUUUCACUCCUGAUAUUUGAGCAAUCCCAGGAGUGGCCAAUUCUAUAUUUGUGGUUCAGUAGGUUAGUUUAUGGUGCUUUAAGUCAACAAAGAUUAUUUUGUGGUAACUCUCAAAUUAUAAAGUGCAAGUGAGCUUAAAAUGACAACCUUAGGUACUACCACAAUUUGACAUUAAUUUUGUGGCUUUUGACCAAUAAUGUUAUGACUGCUAAAUAUAGCGUCUGUUAUCUUUAUGUUCUUUAUGGGUGUUUAUUUUUUCCAGAAAUAGUUUGUUCACUCUUCUUUCUAUCUCAGAGAUAUAUGUGAAAGAAAAAGUACCCCUACCCCCACCCCAUGCAUUUCAAGUAAAUCAUUAUCCUUAACACAAAACAACAUUGUUUGCACAUUCCUCAAGAAGACCAUAAGAUAUAGGAGCAGAACAAGGCCAUUUGACCCAUCAAGUCAUUUCAUUAUGGUUAAUCCAACUUUCCUCUCAGUCUCAAUCUCUUGCCUUCUCCUCAUAUCCCUUCAUGCUCUGACCAAUUGAUAAUCUAUCAACCUCUGCAUUAAAUAUGCAUAAAGACUUGGUCUUCAUGGCUGCCUGUGGCUAAGAAUUCCACAGAUUCACCACUCUCUGGCUGAAGAAAUUUCUCAUCAUCUCCAUUCUAAAAGGACGCCUCUCUAUUCUGAAGCUGUGUCUUCCAGUCUUAAGACUCCCCCACCGUAUGAAACAUCCACUCUAUCAUGAACCUUCACUAUUUGAUAGGUUUCGAUAAGGUGACUCCUCAUCUACAGAGUUCCAGGGGAUACAGGCACAUAGCCAUCAAAUGCUCUUCACUCAACCUGGAAUUAUUUUCAUGAACCUCCUUUGAACCAUUUCCAGUUUCAGCACUUCCUUUCUAAGAUAAGGGGCUCAAAACUGUUCACAGUACUCCAAGUGAGGCCUCACCAGUGCUUUACGAAGCCUCAACAUUAAAUUCUUGCUUUUAUAUUAAAAUGAAUCCUCUUAAAAUGAAUGCCAAUAUUGCAUGUGCCUUCCUCAUCACAGACUCGACCUGUAAACUAACCUUUAGGGAAUCCUGCACUAGGACUUCCAAGUCCCUUUGCACCUCAGUUUUUUUUUUGUAUUUUCUCUUCAUUUGGAAAAUAGUCAACCCUUUCAUUUCUUCGACCAAAGUGCAUGACUUCCUGAUGCUGUCUUCUGUCUGCCAUUUCUUUGCCCUUUCUUCUAAUCUGGCUAAGUCCUUCUGUAGCUUCUCUACUUCCUCAACUAUCUGCCACUCUACCUAACUUCGUAUCAUCUACAAACCUUGCAACAAAGCCAUCAAUUUCAUCAUCCAAAUCAUUGACAUAUAAUGUUAAAAAGAAUCGGUCCCAACAGAGACCCCUGUGGAACACUACUAAUCACCGGCAGCCAACCAGGAAAGGCUCCCUUAAUUCCCACUCUUUGCCUCCUGCCAAUCAACCACUGCUUUAUCCGUGUUAGAAUAUUUCCUGUAAUACCAUGGACUCAUAGCUUGUUAAGCAUUCUCAUGUGUGGCACCUUGUCAAAGGCCUUCUGAAACUCCAAGACCACAACAUAAACCAAUUCUCCUUUGUCUUUCUUGUUUGUUAUUUCUUCAAAGAAUUCCAACAGAUUUGUCAGGCAAGAUUUUCCCUUGAAGAAACUGUGCUGACUACAGGCUAUUUUACCAUGUGCUUCCAAGUACCCUGAGACCUCAUCCUUAAUUGUCGACUCCGUCAUCUUCCCAACCUGAGGUCAGACUAAAUGGCUUAUAGUUUCCUUUUUUUUACCUCUCUCCCUUGGAGAAUGGAAUGAUGUUUGCAAGUUUCCAGUCUUCCGGAACUAUUGCAGAACACAGAGAUUCUUGAAAGAUCAUUAUGUAAUGCCUCCACAAUCUCUUCAGCCACCUCUUUCAGUACUCUGGGGUGUACACCAUUUGGUUCUUGUAACUUUUCUACCUUCAGACCUUUCAGUGUUCCAAGAACCUUCUCUCUAGUUAUGGUAACUUCACACACUUCAUGACCCCGACACCUGGAACUUCUAUCAUACUGCUAGUGUCUUCCACAGUGAAGACUGAUGCAAAGUACUUGCUCAGUUUGUUUGCCAUUUCAUUGUCCCAAUUACUACCUUUCCAGCAUCAUUUUCCAGUGGUCCGAUAUCCACUCUUACCUCUCCUUUACACUUUAUGUAUCUGAAGAAACUUUUGGUAUCCUCUUUAAUAUUAUUGGCUAGUUUACCUUCAUAUUCCAUCUUUUCUUUCUUUGUGACUUUUUGUUUCCUCUUUCGGCUUUUAAAAGCUUCCCAAUCCACUCACCCCACUAAUUUUUGCUCUAUUAUAUGCCCUUCCUUUGGCUUUUGUGUUGGUUUUGACUUGAUAGCCAUGGUUGUCUCAUCUUUCCUUUAGAAUACUUCUUCUCUUUGGGAUGUAUAUAUCCUGUGCCUUCCAAAUUCCUUCCAGAAAUUCCAGCCAUUGCAGCUCUGCCAUCGUCCCCGGUAGUAGUCUUUUCCAAUCAAAUCUGGCCAACUCCUCUCUCAUGCCUCUGAAGUUCCCUUUAUUCCACUGCUAUACUGAUACAUCUGACUUUAGCUUACUCUUCUCAAAUUUCAGGGUGAAUUCGAUCGUAUUAUGAUCACUUGUCUCUAAGGGUUCUUUUACCUUAAGCGCCCUCAUCAAUUCUGAUUCAUUGCACAACCCCCUAUAUAGAAUAGCUGAUCCCCUCAUGAGCUCAACUACAAGCUGCUCUAAAAAGCCAACUUGUAGGCACUCUAGAAAUUCCCCCUUGUGGAAUCCAGCACAAACCUGAUUUUCCUAAUCUACCUGCAUAUUGAAGUCCUCCCCCACCCCCCACCCCCAUGACUAUUGUAACAUUGCCGUUUUGGUGUGCAUUUUCCAUCUCCUGUUGUAAUUUGUAUACCGCAUCCUUAGUGCUGUUUGGGGGUCUGCUUGGCAUUAUGAAGACCCUGGAGAGACUUGUUCCAGAGCAGCUCCGGCUUAUGGUUAGGCUUAUGGUUAUGGUUAGACCCCCUCCAGUUCGCUUGUCAGCCCCGACUAGGAGUUGAGGAUGCCAUCGUCUACCUGCUGAACCGUGUCUACACCCACCUGGACAAGCUGGCGAGCAUUGCAAGGAUCAUGUUUUUUGACUUCUCCAGUGCGUUCAAUACCAUCUGCCCUGCCCUGCUGGGUGAGAAGCUGACAGUGAUGCAGGUGGAUGCUUCCCUGGUCUCAUGGAUUAUUGAUUACCUGACUGGCAGACCACAGUACUUGCGCUUGCAACACUGUGUGUCAGACAGAGUGGUCAGCAGCACUGGGGCUCCACAGGGGACUGUCCUGUCUCCCUUUCUCUUCACCAUCUAUACCUCGGACUUCAACUACAACACAGAGUCUUGCCAUCUUCAGAAGUUUUCUGAUGACUCUGGUAUACUUGGAUGCAUCAGCAAGGGAGAUGAGGCUGAGUACAGGGCUACGGUGGGAAACUUUGUCACAUGGUGCGAGCAGAAUCAUCUGCAGCUUAAUGUGAAAAAGACUAAGGAGCUGGUGGUGGACCUGAGGAGGGCUAAGGCACCAGUGACCCAUGUUUCCAUCCAAGGGGUCGGUGUGGACAUAGUGGAGGUUUACAAGUACCUGGGGAUACGAAUGGACAAUAAACUGUACUGGUCAAAGAACACUCAGGCUGUCUACAAGAAGGAUCAGAGCCGUCUAUUUCCUGAGGAGACUGAGGUCCUUUAACAUCUGCCAGAAGAUGCUGAGGAUGUUCUACGAGGCUGUGGUGGCCAGUGCUAUCAUGUUUGCUGUUGUGUGCUGGGGCAGCAGGCUGAGGGUAGCAGACUCCAACAGAAUCAACAAACUAAUUCGUAAAGCCAGUGAUGUUGUGGGGGUGGAACUGGACUCUCUGACGGUGGUGUUUGAAAAGAGGAUGCUGUCCAAGUUGCAUGCCAUCGUGGACAAUGACUCCCAUCCACUCCAUAAUGUACUGAUUAAGCACAGGAGUACAUUCAGCCAGAGACUCAUUCCACCGAGAUGCAACACUGAGCGUCAUAGGAAGUCAUUCCUACCUGUGGCCAUCAAACUUUACAACAACACCCUCGGAGUGUCAGACACCCUGAGCCAAUAGGCUGGUCCUGGACUUAUUUCCACUUAGCAUGAGUAACUUAUUAUUAUUUAAUUAUUUAUGGUUUUAUAUUGCUAUAUUUCUUCACUAUUCUUGGUUGAUUUCCCCUCGGGAUCAAUAAAGUAUGUCUGUCUGUAUACAACUCCCAUCACGGUAUUUUAACCCUUGCAGUCCCUUAGCUCUAUCCACAAAUAAUUCAACACCCUCUGACCCUAUAUCACCUCUUUCUAUUAAUUUGAUUUUUUUCUUAAUCAACAGAGCAAUGCCAUCCCCUCGGCCUUCCAGUCUGUCCUUAACAUCCAGUAUGUAUCCUUGGACGUUAAGCCUCCAGUUAUAAUCUUCUUUCAACCAUGAUUCAGUGAUGCCUACGACAUUAUACCUGCAAAUCUGUAACUUUGCUUUAUUCCAUAUACUGUGCGGAUUCAAAUAUAACACCUUCAGUCCUGUAUUCAUCUUUUUCGAUUUUGUCCACCUUUUAUGUUGCAACCCAUCCUGUUGACUGCAGUUCUGCCCUAUCAGCAGCCUCUCCUCAUUCCACAUUGCCUCUGUUUGUAAUCCAGCUCCCUCAUCUUCAACACUACCAUCCAUUUUCCCUAUGAUACUUCUUGCAUUGAAAUAUAUGCAGCUCAGGACACCAGUCACACCAUGAUCAACCUUUUGAUUCCUAACUUUGAGCAGUUACCAACGUCUGCCUUCACAAUCUCUUAUGCCCUCCUUCCUACACCAAUUCCUUAACCUGAAGGCUCUACCAUUUAACUUAGCACAUAACUCCCUGAACUUCCUAUGCAGAACCUCGUCACUCGUCCUACCUAUGUCAUACAUGUACCAACUGCCACAACUUCUAGCAGUUCACCUUCCCACUGAAGAAUACUGAGGGCUUGAUCUGAGAGGAAGUGGCUUGGACUACCGUGAUGCCUUAGCAGCAUAAGACUUAAUGGGAACAGAGCCCUUUCUCUGCCAAUUUCUGGCCUGGUGGAGGAAUACAAAUGUGCCAAAGCAAGGCUGGAAAUGACACUCAAAGAAUCUCAGGACCCAAUCAUAAGAGCCGUUGCUCCUGCUCUAGCAACAGGGAAGAAAUGGACCCCAGCCGCAGCAGUACUGGAUGCAGAAGCCUGCCUCUGAUACCGGGACAUAGUGGGCUAUGUCCAACAGGGCGGCUUUGGCCUUGGAGUAAUGAAACCUACCUGGCAAAACGCUACUACAAUUGUACGCCGGCACUUGGUGGUGGAGGAGGUGCGCCACCAAGAAGAAGCAGCCAAAUGUGCCAAAGCAACAUCCCAAGUCAAGCAAGGCUGCUGGAUGAGGUGGGAGGGUGUUAAGAGGAGGAAAAUCACAUGGAGUGAGCUGUAGAGCAUGGCGUCAAAUAGAUUGAGCUUCAUCAUCAGAGCAACAUAUGAUCUCCUGCCCUCUCUUACGAACCUAAAUCCUUGGCUGGAAGAGGAUCCAGCCUGUCCUCUGUGCACAUUUCCGGCAUCCCUCAAGUACGUCUUGGUUAGUUGCAAGACCAGCUUAACACAAGGCAGAUACACCUGGCGACACAACCAAGUGCUGAGGUGUUUGGCAGCUGAACUUGAGUGUAAGAGAGUAACCACUAAUGCCAGGCCUCUCAAUGCCCAGACAAUGGUCCCACAAUUACCAUCCUUCAUCUGGGAAGGAGAGAAAACAGGGGCUGACCUCUUGCCUCAUGACUCAUGCCCACUGAGUGCAGCCAGGGACUGGGAAAUGCAUGUUGAUUUAGGCCAGAAACUUACCUUCCCAUCUGAAAUUGCAACGACCAACUUGUGGCCUGACCUGGUCCUUCGGUCUAACUCCUGUCUUUAUUAUUGAGCUGACGAUACCCUGGGAGGAUGCUGUGGAUGAUGUACAUAAAGUUUAAGAAACUAUAAUCAAACAGAAACCUUGAGGACUAUAUAAAGAAAAGCCAGAAAAGAACUCAAGAAGGGAAUUAAGAAAGUCAAGGCAUUCUAUUUCUAUAUUAUGAACAAGAUUAUAACUAGAAAGAGAGUAGGACCACUCAAAGAUGGGGUGGGGGGGAUGUGGAGGAUGUGGGUGUGGUCCUUAAUGAGUACAUUGACAUUUACCAAGGAGAAGGGCAUGGAAGGUAGGUGCUGAGCAGAUUAAUACGGUCAUUUCAAAGUAAAGGAGAAGGCUGUGUUGGGUCUCUUAGAGCAUUAAUUUGGAUAAGUUCCCAAAGCUGGAUGUGAUACACCCCAGGUUAUUGAGAGGCAGGAGAUGAGAAGGCUGGGGCCUUUGUGUCUGUCCCAGCCACAGGCGAGAUUCUGGACGACUGGUGAGGAGCUAAUGUGCCAUUAUUCAAGAAAGAGACCAGCGAGUCCAUGAAGGUGGUAGGGAAGUUACUGGAGAGAAUUAUUAGAGGUAGGAUUUAUGAACAUCUGGAGAACCAUUGCUGAGUUAGGAAGAGACAUUAGAAUUUUGUACAGGGCAGGUUGUGUCUUACUAACUUGAUUGAGCUUUUUGAAGAGGUGACGAGAGUGACUAAGGAAGGUUAGAACUAUGGUUGUCGUUUACAUGGAUUUUAGUAAGCCACUUACUAAAAGCACCUCAUAGGAGCCUCAUCCUAAGAUUAAGAUGCAUGAGAUGCAUAUUGGAUUCUGAACUGGCUUGCCCAUAAAAGACAGCCUAGUAUUUGAAGGGGCUUAUUCUAGCUGGAGGUCAGUGAUUUGUGAUGUUCCACAGUGAUCUGUACUAGGACCUCUGCUGAUUGUGACGUAAAUAAAUGACCUGGAUGAAAAUGCAGUUGGGAGGGUUGGUAAGUUUGCAGAUGAUACCAAAAUCAAUAGUGUUGAGGAUAGCGUAGAAGACUAGCAAAGAAUACAGUGGGAUAUAGAUCAGUUGCAGAUAUGGGUGGAGAAAUGGCGGAUGGAGUUUAACCCAGACAAAUGUGAAGUCUUGCACCUUGGUAGGUCAAAUGUAAAGAGAGAGUACACUUUUAAGGGCAAGACCCUUAGUGGUGUUGAUGAGCAGAGGAUCUUGGAGUCCAAGUUCACAGUUUCCUGAAAGUGGCUACAUAUGUUGGUAGGGUGGUUAAGAAGGUAUAUGGCAUGCUUGUCUUUAUUAGUUGAGGGAUUGAAUUCUAAAUUCAGGAAGUUGUGUUGCAGCUUUAUAAAAUUCCAGUUAGGGCACAUCUGGAGUAUCGCAUACAGUUCUGGUCGCCUCAUUAUAGGAAGGAUGUUGCUAUUUUGGAGAGGAUACAGAAAAGGCUGAUCAAGAAGUUGCCCAGAUUAGAGGGCAUAUGCUGUAAUGAGAGUUUGCGUAAACUUGGGUUUUUUUUGCUGGAGCGGCAGAGGCUGAGGGAAGGUCUGAUUGAGGUUUAUAAGAUUAUGAGAGGCGUACAUAGAGAAAGCAGACAGUAUAUUUUUCCUAGGGUUGAAAUGUCUGAUACCAUAGGGCAUGCAUGAAAGGUGAGAGGGUGUAAUUUCAACAGAGAUAUGAGGGACAAGUUUUUUACACAGAGAGUGGUGAGUGUCUGGAAUGCAUUGACUUUUGUGGUGGUAGAAGCAGAUACAUUAGAGAUUUUUAAAAGAUAGUAGGUAAGCAUGUGAAUGUGAGGGAAAUGGAUUGGAACAUCAUUGUGGCAAAGGCCCUGGUCCUAUGCUGUACAGCCCUGUUCUGUAUGUUCUAUACCUAACCCAACAAACCAUUGUUACUUACUUUGUAGUAACAUUUUACAUGACUCAGUCAAAUUAUAUUUAACAAUGGUUCACUUGCUUAAGCUGCUCUGAGUCUCAAUUCCCACAAUGGCUACCUUUAUUUAUCUCAUUCUCGGCAGGUGGACGUUGACUUCUGAAUAUUUAAUAGAUUCUAUUGCUUCAACAGCUGGUACCUUUUUUAAUCCUUCUCCAACUUUCCAUCUCUACAAUGCUGCUUUAUUUUGAGAAGGGAUUUUUAAUUUUAACAUUAUAACUUGAAGUUCACAGUAAACUGUAAAUCAGCACUUGUUAAUUCUGCCUGAAACUGCCUAUUUGGUUGAUCUUGUGUAAGUGUCACUUCAUGCAACACUCUCUAUUGGGAAACAGGAUCCUUUCAGAGCAAGGCAACCAAGAGCCUUAGCCAAUCAGAUGGUAGAAUCUUGAUUGAAAUUGAGAGGUUUUUUUAAAUGAUAUUUAGAGUAUAGCCUAAGAAAAUGAGAGUUAGAAUAUGUAAAUAAAUAUAUAACUAUAUACAGAAAGCAAAUAAAGUUGUGAUUGACAAGAAACACAUAGAAAAGUUUUAACUAUUUUAACUCCCAACUUUAAAAUCCAAAGAAAUUAUUCUCCGGUCUCUAAAAGUAAAUAUUCAGUUGUCCUGUUUCUCAACAAAUCUUGGUGAUAAAACCUUUCAAGCUAUUAGAUGAGUAGUAAUUUUUUUUUUAGUACUCUUUUUUUCUACAAUUUCAUCCCCAUCAGGUACUUUAAGGUUGGGCCUCCUGUUAGGGUUCAAAGUAAAUUUAUUAUCAGAAUAUGUACUGUAUAUGUUUAAAUUUUCUUUGCAGGCAUUUAAAAUAAAAAAUACAAUAUAAUUUACAUCAAAAUAUACAUAAAGACUGAUAAUGUGCAAAAGAAGACAAAUUGUGCAAAUAAAAAAUACAAUGCUGAGAACAUGAGUUGUAAAAU